UCUAGUCUACUACCCUGUAAACCAAUUAAUGACCAUUCGCUAGUCUGACCCGACUCACUCUAUCCUUCUCUCACCUUUCCCUUCAUCACGGCUCACACCUCGUACAUGGGUUACAUGGCCCAACACGCUCAGAGCGCCAUCUCGCGUGGCCGUCGCUCGGAAACACAAGGAAAGAAAAAGACAAAAAGAGCGUCACGUUUAGCGUUACAUGGCCCAUCUGCCGGGCUCCAUAAUGAUUUCCAACUAACUCAAGUCAAGUCAUAUCAAGUCAAGGACAAUGUAAGUUGAUGCGUGCAAGGAUUGUAUUCCCUGCAACGGUACCCCAAGCCCCCGCAAGAGAGAAAAGAAGAGCAAGAUUCUCAUGCGGCGAGUAUUUCUCUACACCCCCUCCCCUUCUGAGACAUAAGAGAUUUUCAUACCCUGUAAAUGUGGAGGAGAGACACAUCGAGGAGGAUUCUGACAUGUGGUUCGUCGGUUAGUUUAGUCGGCUGCAGUAAACGGACGGACAAACGGAGGAGACAAGGGAUUUCAAGGGUUGUUGUUAUGGUUGCAUACUACUCCAAUUCCUUUCUCUCCGCACUAUCAAGAACAAGACCAUCAUCCCUACAUCGUUGGCUCAAGAUGAGAAACGUGGGCGCCCAACUUCUCCACACGCCGAGUUAGGGAUCUAAUACGUUGAGAAGUGAGGCUUUCCUAGGAUAGACUCAAGCCUGGGGGAGAUUGAAAUAAUUGACUAUUAAAAGGGCCACUUUCCCCAGGUUUUUCGAACGAGAUAUCUUGCCAGAACAGUCCAAGACAAGGCCACCAUUUACAACUAUCAUCAAGAACAGAAACAAAGUCAGAAUUGGAAACUUGCUUCUUCUUUGCUUGUUUCCUUCUCCCGUUUCUCGCCUCGUUGAUACUACGCAAAUAAGAGGGUUUCCUUCCUUCCCCCUUGUUGCACUUGCACUGUCACUCCCGCGUCUGGGGUUCAUUGCCUUCCAUACUUGACUUGGCCCUACAGCUCCUUCUCUCUGUCUCUCAUAUUGACGAGAUUCAGUUGCUCAGAUACCACCCUCCUCCUCUUUUGAGCCUCCAUUCUUAGGUUCCUUCCUCCCCUUCUGUCUCGGCUGGUUGCUUCUCUGCAUCCUUCGUCCUCCAUCAGUUCCUUCCCACCACGUUUUUUUUUAGAAGCCGACCCUACUUCUACCCUUUACCUUCUCGUGUGAUCUUACGAUAGAUUACCUACAACCCUUGUCUAUAAAGUUCUUGGAUUGUUUGAGAUUCCUCACCAUGAGCGACUACGAUCGAAAGGAAACUUUGGAGGAAAAGGCUUCCACCUCGGAAGUUGAUCUUGCUGGUGUUACUAACCCUUAUGCUGGACUUACUGAGGAAGAGGCGAGGGAAGCUGAGAAGAAGUUACUUCGAAAGAUCGAUAUGAAACUCGUUCCUUGGCUCUGCCUCCUUUACCUCAUCUGCUUCCUCGACCGAACCAAUAUCGGUAAUGCAAAGAUCGCUGGUUUACUGGAUGAUGUGCAUAUGGACACUCACCAUUUCAACUUGACUUUGACCAUUUUCUACAUCUCAUACGCUGUCUUUGAGCCUCUUGCCAAUGUCCUGCUCAAGUGGUCCAAGCCAUCCAUCUUCAUUCCUGCCAUCAUGGUCCUCUGGGGUGCUUCAAUGCUGGGAAUGGGCUUCGUCAAGACCUGGGACGGCCUCAUGGCUGCUCGAUGGUUCCUUGGUGUCACAGAAGCCGGUCUCUUCCCCGGAAUUAACUACUACCUAUCCUGCUGGUAUAAGCGAUCCGAAUUCGGUGCUCGUGCCGCGUGGUUCUUCUCAGCUGCAGCUCUUGCCGGUUCUUUUGGUGGUCUCCUGGCUGCUGCUAUCCAGAAGAUGGAUGGUGUCUCCGGUAUUGCUGGUUGGGCAUGGAUUUUCAUCCUCGAAGGUCUCAUGACCAUCGUUGUUGGUAUCAUCUCGUUCUGGAUGGUCCACGAUUUUCCCACCGAUGCCAAGUUUAUCACUGAGGAGGAACGAGCUCGUGUCAUCUAUCGACUCACUGCCGAUAAGCAAUCUUCUGCCCAGGAGGAACAAUUCAAGAUGAAGUACUUCUGGCAGUCCAUCACCGACUGGAAGACCUACUGCGGUAUGCUCAUCUACAUGGGGCCCCUGAUGCCCCUGUACUCUUUCAGCGUUUUCCUGCCUACCAUCAUCCAGAACAUGGCCUUCACCGACAAAAAGGCCGUCGUCAAGAACCAGCUUCUCAGCGUACCACCCUACGCUUUGGCCGCAGUUGUUACUAUUUGCGUUGGUAUGUACUCUGACAGACUCAACAAGCGAGGCAUCUUCAACCUGUGCGCUGCCCCUGUUGGUAUGGCAGGCUUCAUCAUGCUUAUCGCUUCUACCAACCCUGCUGUUCAGUACACUGGUUGCUUCCUGGGUGCCCUGGGUAUUUACCCUGUCAUUCCAAUCACGAUCAGUUGGGUCGCCAACAAUGUUGAGGGUGUUUACAAGCGAGGCAUCACUCUUGGGUUUGUCAUAGGAUGGGGCAACCUCAACGGUGUUGUGAGCAGCAACGUCUUCAUCAACGGUCCACGAUUCUACCCAGGACAUGGAACCGUCCUUGCCUACAUGUUUGGUGGUAUUUUUUGUGGAAGUCUCCUAAUGUAUGUUUUGCUCUCGCGUGAGAACAAGGCGCGGUUGGCUGGUGAGCGGGAUCACCUAGUGGAGGGCAAGUCUGAGGCGGAGAUCCAUGAGAUGGGAGAUAAGCGACCCGAUUUCCUUUACACACUGUAAUAAUGUUUACGAUACGUCAGAAAUAGGAGGAUUGUUAGCGGUGGAUGGCAUUAUACAGGGUGUAUAGUUUUGAGUUCUUUUGUUAGUUAGAGUGUAAAGUGGCUCUGAGCUCAAUCGAUGCACUACCCGACU